AAAAACUUAGCAGCUUUUGUAUAAAUAGACGGUCAGUUUUAUGUUUUUAUGUAUAAUGAUGAAGUCGUUCGUUUUGGUUAGUGUAGUGGCUCUGUGCCUAGUAGCUGUCGCACAGUCGAUAGAGCUAGAGCGUCUUAGGGUAAAAAGAGGUUAUGGUUCUGGAGGAGGUGGAGGCGGUGGCGGCGGCGGCGGCGGAGGUGGUAGCGGCGGAGGAGGUGGUCACAAAGGAGGUUUCAGCGGAGGAGACCACGACGCUGGUGGUUUUAAUGGCGGAGGUAGAGGUGGUGGUGGAGGAUUUGGCGGUGGUCAAGGAGGAGGAGGUGGAUACGGCGGCGGUAAAGGCGGUGGUAGCAGCGGAGGAUUCGGAGGAGGCGAUAAAGGUGGUUUUGGAGGAGGACAAGGAGGCGGUGGAGGAUUCGGAGGCGGCAGUGGAGGCGGAUCAGGUGGUUAUGGAGGAUCUCACAGCGGAGGUGGUAUUGGGGGUUCUCAUAGCGGAGGCGGCCUUGGUGGUUCUCAUAGCGGAGGCGGUCUUGGUGGUUCUCACGGUGGAGGUGCUUAUGCAUCAGCUAAAGCUAAAGCUGGAUCUUACUAGGGAAAAGAGAACGACGAAAAGACAAGCAUUAUGUGAUUUUUUAUCUUCAAUUUCAAAUUUGUGUGUGUGUGUUUCAAUAAAUAUAUAAUACAGAAA